UGGACCGCUCCGCAUCUUGGUUUCACCUACCACUCCAGCAGCGCAGCGCUAGCACAGCAGUAAGUUGCCGCCCGCUUGCGUUCCAAUCCACCGCAGCCCACAGCACCGCUCCGUGCCUCAGCACAAGGCGCCGCUCGGCCCCGUACAAAACAUCCUGCCGAAGGUCUCGCGUAUUGCUUGUGUAAACACUCGUACGAUUCAUACCCACUAACAACCUGAUGCCGGCUUGGCGAAAUCCACUACAGAUGUCAGCUAUACUCGGUCAUGUGCGCCAUUCCCUCAACCAUGCCAAGACGCAGGCCCAAGGACGUGCCCAGGAAUGGGCCGAGAGACACGGCGUCGAGAUGAAGUACGUCGACGUGACGUUUGUCUUCAUCGGUGCGUCGGGCAUACCCAAGAUGGACAUCGUCGGCACCGCGGACCCCUAUAUAAUUGCUACGCUUGAUAACAACUUGAAGUUUGUGUACGUAUUUAACGCUUGAGGUCCUGAACCAGUGCGCACUGCUGAGGGGUCUUGCAGAUCGACUGUGCAGGUAAACACGCUCACCCCCGUGUGGAAUGAGCAGUGGAAGGUGAAGAAUGUACCAAGCAUCGCGAACCUCCACAUUGUCGUUAUGGACAAGGACGACGGCGCGAUCACUGACGACAUCGUCGGUGGCUUCGAGACGACGGUGACGACAGGGGCCAAGGAGUUCACUCUCGAGAGCCCUUCCCUCAGAAGAAACCGGGGGACACUCUUCAUGAAGAUUGACACCACGCCAUCCACUGACGCAGAUGCGGCAGCGCGGCCGUACAUCUUCGACGGUCCAAUUCGGUUUUCGCGGCACUCCUCGCCUACGGUGGGCCGCUUAACGAAUCUGGACGAUGCACGUCUGUAUUCGACGUGGAAGAUGUUUCUCCGUGGGGUACGACUGUUCUUCAGCGACGGCGAGAAACAGCACUGGAACGUCAACUAUCACGCAGCUAAAGCUAUCUUCCAGGGGCCGACGUCCAUCGCCAUCCGGUCAACCAUACAGGCGGGUCACCGGAUGCUUUACGCGCGAACGACGUCAAACGGGUUUGGAGUUAUUAACGACGCGAAGGACGUCAUGACCCUCCUGCACGGCGGCAAGCCCGGCAGCCCGACCGCACACAGAGUCAAGCCCGCCGUAUACACGUACAUUAUCGCGGCUGACGACGACUCGUUCCGCUUCUCGGAGACGGGCGCGGCCUUCUUCGUCGACUUCGCGUCCAAACACGCGCUGCACGCGAACUGCGCCGAGUACGUGCGCUACUCUGGCGAGUUUCACCCGCGUCCUGCGGGCGGCUGGGCGAGCUUCAGCGACGACACGCCCGACGACGCCGUCGCCUGGGAGCUCGUGAUCGACAACAACUCGGGGACGUACUCGCCGAGUCCGCUCCUGCUCCCGAACCUCAAGGACCUGUUCGAGUACAACUUCCCCGGCUUCACAAUCUGCACGUACGACUUCAACGACCCGCGGCUGGCGGAGAGCCGGGAGGCGUGCCGCACGUACGCGCUGUACAAGCGCGACGUGCGUCAGGAGGAGCUCCAGCCCCACACGCGCGGUGAGGAGCCGCUCGCGCAUAACGCGUCGGCCGAGGCGUGCAACACGGCCAGCGCGGGUCACCUGGAGAGCACGGGUAGGAUAGCGUAGGUGCUAUGGUUCGAUAUCGAUAGGUAAUACUAUAUCCUGGCGAUACCCUUCUAUCUUUUCAUUCAUUCAUAUAAUCUGCCGGAGGAGGUAUUUACUCGUAUUGUGAGAACGAGACCCCACGACUUGGCGCGUGCUAGCCUUGUAUACUAAUAUACAAUAUGUAGGACGAUCGGAAUGUACAAGGACUUUCUAAUCGGAGCUCUGUUCGCGAAGGUCGCACCUUGGAUCAUGCUCUUUAAGCGUGGUGCGAUAGGAAGUGCUUCGGCCUGAAACUGAAACUUG